UACCACUUGAUUUACUUUCCCCGAAAAAUAAAUACUGAAUAACAGUAAAAUUGAAAUACCCUUCUUCGAUACUACAGUAAAACCCUUCCUCUUCCGUUGCGUUUAGCCGUUUAUACUCCAUCCCUCGCUCCCUCCGAUAUUUGAAGGUAAUUGGAUCAGCACACUGAAGCGUUCUUGGUGCAUAAGGUUACAGUAUGGCGUAUGGAGGUGCAGCUUCAGUUCCAGCUGCAGCAGCAAGUGGUUCCUCUGCAAUGAAGCAGGUGAAACUGGACAAAGAGAGUGAGCUCCGGAUUGAAGUCAAUGUUAAUACAUCUCUCCGUCUCAGGUUACUAAACGGGACGGCUGAGAUAUUUGGCACCGAAAUGCCACCAGAAAAUUGGCUCACCUUCCCACCAAGAAUGAAAUUUGCGAUAUUUACAUGGCACGGGGCCACGAUUGAAAUGCAAGAUAAUACUGAAACUGAUUAUGUAGCAGACGAGACACCAAUGAUUAGUUAUGUAAAUGUGCAUGCUGUACUUGAAGGACGUAGAAAUCGCGCAAAAGCUGCUGCUAGUGAUACCGAUGCUUCCCAGGGUCCCAGGGUGAUUGUAGUUGGUCCAACAGACUCUGGAAAAAGCACUUUAUCAAGAAUGCUUCUUAGUUGGGCAGCCAAACAGGGAUGGAAACCUACUUUCGUGGAUUUGGAUAUUGGCCAAGGAUCUAUUACCAUCCCCGGGUGUAUUGCAGCUAGCCCAAUCGAAAUGCCAAUUGAUUCAGUGGAAGGAAUUCCCUUCGACAUGCCUCUUGUUUACUUUUACGGAAAUAGUAAUCCAACUCAUAACGCAGAUCUUUAUAGAGUGCUUGUAAAGGAGCUUGCACAGAUCCUGGAAAGGCAGUUUGCCGGAAAUGCUGAAUCUAGGGCAGCAGGCAUGGUCAUCAACACCAUGGGAUUUAUUGAUGGUCUUGGUUAUGAGCUUCUUUUGCAUGCAAUUGAUACAUUUCAAGCCACUGUUGUUCUUGUUUUGGGUCAGGAUAAACUUUGCAGCAUGUUAAAAGAAGCUUUAAAACAAAAGCCUAAUGUGGAUGUGGUGAAACUUCAAAAAUCAGGUGGUGUUGUGUCUAGAAAUCAAAAAUUCCGACUUAAUUCCAGGAGCCAAAGGAUAAGAGAAUAUUUUUACGGUCUCUCAAACGACCUUUCCCCGCAUUCCAGUACUGCAAAUUUAAGUGAUUUGGCUAUCUUCAAAAUUGGCGGUGGACCACAGGCUCCAGCUUCAGCUCUGCCAAUUGGUGCACAGCCUGUGGCUGACCGUAUGAGAUUGGUUCCUGUGACUAACCAUAGCGAAUUAGUGAAUCAAGUUCUUGCUGUCUCAUUUGCUAAAGAACAAGAUCAAAUCCUUUCAAGCAACAUAGCUGGCUUUAUUUGGGUCACUGAUGUUGACGCUUCAAGGAAGAAAAUCACGUAUCUUGCACCAUCCAGUGGUGAACUUCCGAGUAAAUACCUGUUAGCUGGAAAUAUAACGUGGAUAGAUACCUAAUGUUUCUUAUCGUAUCCGUUAAAAUUUUCUACUCAAAAUGAAGCUUAUCAAGAAAACCUGCAUAGUGUGUGCAAUGAAGUAUUUUGCAGUAUAGUGUAACAAUGUGACGUUUGAUAUUGGAGUUUUUUAGAUUUAAAAAUCGAGCUAAAUCAUAUACAUUAUGUCGUGCUGAUGCUAUGGGGAAGAUUGUAGUGCUGGUGCACGUAGUUUGUGGACUCAAGUCUUAUGCAUCAUUAUCUUUUUAUAUUGAACAGCUUUUCGGCUGUGUAUUUUUUAUCAUACAUGUUCAAAAUAGCAUAUGAUAUAUUGACAGUCGAAGUGUUUUUGUCACCA